AUGCUGAGGAAGAUGGUGAUGAUGAGGAGGAUCCUCCAUGUGAAGGGAGAUGUGAUGUGUACGAUGCUGCUACUGGUGCUGUUCUGCUUGCUGCUCUACGCCCGCCAGGUCUUGGUGUCCUCUGGGUGGGACACACCUGCGUGGAAGCUGGAGAUCCACAGCUCCACCAGCUCCAGCCGAACCCUGCUGGGAGCCAACGCAGCCAAAGUAGUCCAGGCGUCUCCAGGGUUACCAUCCAGCCCUUCAGCGCCACAGCUGCUUCCAUGCAGGCCCCAGGCCAAGUUGAAACCUACUCAGUCCAAGUCAAAGCCUACUCAGCCCAAGUCCAAACCUCAGGUCAAAUCUAAGGGAAAAUCCAAGUCGCGACGGAAGAAUGUCACGCCGACCAAGGCCCCUGGCAAUCCUCUACCCACACUGCCGCCAUUUGACUUUGAGAGUUAUCUGAGAGAGAAGGAUAACAGAAAAUUUAGGCUGCUCAUAGAUCAGCCGGAGAAAUGUCACAUUGGAGGAGCAGAGGAAGAAGAAGGAAGAGGCAAAGGGUCUACUACUGCUCCCUACAUGCUCAUUGCAGUGAAAUCUGUUGCUGCAGACUUUGAUAAGCGGCAGGUGGUACGUCGGACCUGGGGUAAAGAAGGACAUUUCCAAAAUGGCGUGUCCAUCCGUACUCUUUUCCUACUGGGGGUUCCCAGGAAUCGGACUGCCUUGCCCUUGUGGGAUCGGCUUCUGGAAUACGAGAGUCAAACCUUUAGGGACAUCCUGCUGUGGGACUUUGACGACACCUUCUUCAACCUGACACUGAAGGAAACGCACUUUCUGGAAUGGGUCAACAGCACCUGUCCUCAUGUCGAGUUCAUCUUCAAGGGUGAUGCCGAUGUGUAUGUGAAUAUAGAAAACAUACUAGAGAUGCUUCAAGGUCAAAAGCCAGACGAGGAUCUUUUUGUUGGUGAUAUUAUUUUCCAUGCUAAACCCAUUCGACGCCGCAGUUCCAAGUACUAUGUGCCAGAAUUUAUGUAUGGAGCGGGUUUGUACCCAUCUUAUGCUGGUGGAGGAGGGUUUGUGAUGUCUGGGUAUACAGCUCGGAGACUUAGCUCUGCCUGUCAACAGGUGGAAUUGUUUCCCAUUGAUGACGUCUUUCUAGGAAUGUGUCUUCAGCUGAUUGGCGUUAAACCAUCUCGACACCAGGGUUUUCGGACUUUUGGAAUUCCCCGACCAUCUGCAGCGCCGCACCUUCAGACAUUCGACCCUUGUUUCUACAGAGAACUCAUGGUUGUUCACAGCCUCAGUGUGCCUCAGAUAUGGCUCAUGUGGAACCUGCUGCACGACCCCAAACUGAGCUGCCACAACAGGACCAACCCAACGUCUGGGCCCUUCAGGUGGAGGGGGAAGGUGGGAGAUGCAGAAGUUGAGACUGACUAUGGUGAGAAGCAGGUGUUUGUCACGCAUUAG